AUGAAUCGGACGAGAAGCUGCUUUAAACUAAUCCGCAACGUCAGCAUGUCAAACUCCUCGGCUGAAUGCCGUCGGUAUGGUGCAACCGUUGCUUCAAUCAGAAAUGCGAACGAAAAUAAGGACCUUUUAGAGUUUGCCAUCCAUGCUCAAGUCAAACAGAAAGAAGCCUUUUUCCUGGGAGCCAACAUGACCGGAAAGGGGCCUUGGGAAUUCAAGUGGAUCGACGGGAAACCUGUCAACUAUACAAACUGGGCUCGUAAGGAGCCGAACGAUCAUAGGGACCAGGGCGAGACGUGUAUUGAGAUGUACGUACGCUAUUGGAAGUUCGACAAGACGAAAAGUCUUGAACAAAAUAUGGACGCUACCGGCGCCGGGAAAUGGAAUGAUCUGAAGUGCGAUUGGAGUCCGAGGGCUUUUGCGUGUCGUAAGGAUCAGGCCAACGGGCUACUUGGGCCCAGCAAGGAUGCUACAGCCGGGACGACGGCCAGCACAUUGAGUACCACGGCAACUACCACAAAGAGGUGUCCGAGAGGAGAGUGCGACUCGCUGACCUGUCAGGAUGGAUGGCUGGCCCUGAACCGAACGCGAAGCUGUUUUAAGAUGAUCCGAAACGUGGACAUCUCGAAAGCUGUAGACGAAUGUAAACGAUAUGGCGCUACCGUAGCGUCGGCGGUAAAUGCGGACGAGAACAAGGAUAUUCUGGAAUUCGCAAUCAUGUCCCAAGUGCAGAAGAACGAGACACUCUUUUUGGGAGCGAAAAAGACCGGCAAAGGACCGUCGGGUUUCAAGUGGCUCGACGGGAAACCCUCCAACUUCACCAACUGGGAUCGCAGAGAGCCCAGUGAUAAUCAUCAGGGCAAAAAUGAGGAUUGCAUCGAGAUGUAUGUUCGAUACUGGAAGUUUGACCCAACAAAGAGCCUGGAGCAAAACAUGGCCGCGACCGGGGCCGGAAAAUGGAACGACCUGAAGUGUGACUGGAGCCCGAAGGUUAUGGCGUGUCGCAAAGACCAGACGCCCGUUCUACAAGCGCCAACCAGGGAUCCGCCACAGGAUAUCCCUACCAGGAAGACGACGGUAGCCACCACAACAUCUACCAAGGCUACCACUACCACCACCACAACCACCAAGGCUACCACCACCACCGUACUGAAAGUGUGCGGCUAUGGGUGGUCGGUCGGGCCGCAUGGAUGCUAUAAAUAUGACGGUACGCUAGGCAGCUACGACAAUCGUUUGGCAUACUGUCGCGGUUUGAACAGCUAUCCGACGUCCGUCAUUGACAGCGAGGAAAAUCGAUUUGUUACUGACUUGGCACGCCGCGGCGGGGCCCCCUUACAUUUCUGGACCGGCGCCUACCUGUCUAGCGACCAUAGAAUCACAUGGGAGGAUGGCGAGCGGAACAAUACAUACUCGAACUGGACCCCGAGAUUGUGGGGCGCCAUCGGAGACGAAUACGUUAAGCCAAACCACAUUGACACCGAACACUGCAUUGAGAUCAUGACAUUCCGGAACGGGAACGGAACGGAUCGUCCGAAGAUGGCUGAAAAGUUCGGCAUAUUUCUGCUUUUCCUAGCGACUACCGUAUCCGCUGUACCGGAUUGCCGAAAUGGGGCAUGCGAUGCGCUAACUUGUGAAGCGGGAUGGACUGCGCUGAACCGGACGAGAAGCUGCUUCAAGCUGAUCAGAAAUGUCGAUAUCUCGAAAGCGGAAGCAGAAUGCGGACUCUACGGUGCAACGGUGGCCUCCGUCGGGAAUGCGGAGGAAAAUAAGGAUAUCCUAGAAUUUGGAAUCAUUGCUCAAGUCAAGAAGAAUGAAGCGUAUCUUCUCGGCGCCAAGAAGAAGGGCAGUGGUCCUUUGGGAUUCGAAUGGAUCGAUGGAAAGCGGUUCAACUACACAAAUUGGAAGAAGGGAGAACCAAGCGAUAAGCACAAUGGAAAGAAGGAGGAGUGCGUUGAGAUGUUUGUGCGGUACUGGAAGUUUGACCGAACGAAGAGCUUGGAGCAAAAUAUGGAAGCCACUGGCGCCGGAAAAUGGAACGAUCUGAGAUGUGAUUGGAGUUCCAGGGCUUUCGCAUGCCGUAGGGAUCAACGCGCCGAAAUGCAAGCACCCAGCAAAGACACUCCAGUCGGCCCGAUUGUCACGAGCACGGCUAGGGCGGUGACGUCCGCCACGAAGCAGCGCUAUGCUUCGUGCCCGCCUCGUUGGAAGAUGAUCGCUGCCUUUGAAAAAUGUUAUGCGAUUCUCGCAUCGCCCACCAAUUUCGAUGACGCUCAAGCGAACUGCGUGCGGUACAAUGCCACCUUGCUCCACAUUGACAACAGCGUCGAAGACCAGUUCAUCAACGGAUGGGCAGCAGGCGUCUACAGUGGUGCUCGUUUUUGGCUGGGAGCGCGGAGGGUGCCGCCGACCAUUAAUGGCACGUUUGUUUGGAUCGACACCAAUUCAACGGGUCAAUAUUAUCCUUGGAAGGAAAGUCAAUAUAUGUCGAGGUCUGAGUUGGAUGAAGAAGACGAGAGAUUGCGUAGGGGCAAUUGGAACGAAUGCCUGGAGACACGUCUUCCGUUCUGGCAGGGGAAGGAUUGCUUGGCUAUCACUUGCCCUGAUCAAACCUGGGAAACUUCCGCGCAGCUUGAUGCUUGCUUCAAGCCAAUUCUCCAACCGGACAUUGGAGAGGCCCGAAACGAAUGUAGGAACCUGAAAGGCCGCCUAGCGUCAGUCGGUUCUGCUGCCGAAAAUCAGGAAAUUACACGUAUCAUCCAAAAUUGGGACAAGUCGAAGACGGUCGGCUCGAUUUACUACCUUGGAUCUUUGAGAAAAUCCGCCAAAAGCAAAGAGUUUGUAUGGCUGGACGGCCGGAAAUUCGAAUUCGCAUUUUGGGAUGCGAACGAGCCGAACGCGUUGAUGGAGGGGUGCUUGGAGAUCCGACUACCCUACGGAAACUGGAACGAUAUCUCGUGUGCUCACCGGGAUCUCGUCGCCGUUUGCGAGUACAGAACGAGCUGGCCCUACACCGAGUCCUCGCAUCAAUAUCUUGACCCGACCGCGCAAGAGGUGUCGGCACCAGCGGAACCUACAACGACAACGACAACCCAGAAAACCACGACACCCUCCGAGAAAGUUUGCGGCUUCGGGUGGUCGAUAGGACCGCAUGGAUGCUAUAAAUUUGACAUUACCCCAAGAACCUACAUCAACAGCUAUGCCUACUGCCGAGAUUUCAACAGCUUCCCGACGUCUGUCGUUGAUGAUGAGGAGAAUCGAUUUGUUACUGACCUGGCAAAACGUGGCGGCGAACCCUGGCAUUUUUGGAAUGGCGCCCAUGUGCACUUGGACGGGACGCUCCUGUGGGCGGACAACGAACGGAAUGUGACGUACUCGAACUGGACCCAAAGGUUGUGGGGCAACACUGGAAUCGGGUACACGAAACCCGAUAAUAUUGCGACCGAUCGCUGUGUGGAGAUCAUGACUUUCCGUAACGGAAACGGAUGGGACAACACAUAUGAAUGGAACAACGAUCCGUGUGAUUUCCUCAAGGCCGUCGUGUGCAAGAAACCUUUUGGAUAU